AUGGAUCAUGGUUACCAGAAAGCUGUGGGAGCGAUAAUGAACCAGAGAGGACAUGGUUUCUUUCGGAUAAUUCUUGUCUUGUCUUUAGGGACCCAAAUCACUAAAGAGCAGCCUUUCCCCGACACUGAAGGAUUCACUCAAAAUGGAAUCCAUGACGUAAUACCACAGAAUACAUCGUCAUCAAAAACUAUACAAAAGGACGAUGGAUAUUACUUAGACUUAUUAAACGGGAUCUGUAGGGAGGGGUGGGUUAAAGGACGGGUCAAUGACGUCACGGUAUGUCUCAGGACAAACUCGGAUCCAAUGUCAUGGGAAGAUGCACGUGAUACAUGUAGGAGUGAGUUCUCGUUCCUGAUGAAGAUGGAAGCACCUGUUACAGUAGAAUCCAAAGACCUAGGAGACUACCUUAAAGAGAAAAACAUUGAUCAGAUAUGGACUGGCCUUCAUGAAGAAGGGGGAUUUCUUGUUUGGGAUGAGAUAGCACCACAUAAAGUUCGUGCCUAUAAUGACCCUUUGGAGGAAGAGCUGCUACAGCGUCGAAUAUGGAACUGGAAUAUCGAGCCCGACGUUAAUGACGAUAUUGAUGAUAGUGAUGAUUUUGAAUUCCAAGAAGAGGAGAGCCAUUCUACUUGUGGAUCUCUGAAUUUUAACAGACAUUAUGGGGAACAUGUUAUAUCAAAACGAGCUGUCAACAGAAGUGUAAAAAAUGCUAAAAGUUUACAUAUUGAUGAUGUAUUCGAAUCGGAUCAUACCCCAUCACCGACUUCCAGAGAAAUCGACAAUUCUCCCGACUCAACUAAAAGCCGCCCGCAGAAAGGCAAAAUGAACUUAUUACAAUUCAUGCAACAUUUAAAACAACUUACCAAACUUAAUGCAAGGCGCAGACUGGGAACUGUUCACAGUGCAAAUGAUAAUAAGAAAUAUGUAAACUCACAGCGUGUUAGGAUGACAGAGAAAAAUGAAAAUGACCAAGAAUUCACUACAAAUCUUAAUGAAGAUAUAGAACCGGUAAACCCUACUGAGGAGACUGAUUUCUUCGAGCGAAGAAAGAAGGAAUCUUUUCCAAAACUACCACCUAAAACGCCCCCGAAAUUAUUUCCGUCUUUCUUUGACAGUUUUAAAGAUGACAAUUCUACUAUAAAGGGUAAUGUUGCAGAAAAUUUUACGAAAUUUGAUCAAAAUAUAGACAACUCAACCAGUGAAUCUAGAGUUAUCCUCCCUAUUCCAACAUUCAGUACCAAAGAAAAAGCAAGGGAAGAAGCAAAUGUUUAUCCUGAUGAUUAUGUUAAUUAUGAUGAUUUAAUUUUGAAUGAAUCAAAGAAAAAGUCAACACAGGUCACUGUUCUUAAACCAACACCAGCGACUCCUUAUAAGAAAGUGAAACCUGUGCCUACACCACCCACAACAAAUCAUGGAAAGAGGUUAAAAAUGAUAAAACCACCACCAGUUAAAGUUAAAACACAACCGAAGUCUAAAAAUGUAACCAUGGAAUCUGAAUCCUCAGAGGAAAGAAUAAAAAUAAAAAACCCUAUAGGUAUUGCUAAAACAUUGGUCAGAAAGAAUGCUGGUCAGAACAGAGGUUUAAGUAAAGCUGAAAAGGCGAAAAGAAUCACUGACUCACUGGCUACAUCAAGUGAAGAUAUUUCUAAAGAAGAUAGCGAUGAACUUGAUGACUCCUCAUCUAAUCAAAAUACUACGAACAAUGUACGAAAGAUAACAAUUCAAAAGAAAGACGAUGCAAAUGGAAAGAAUUUUGACAAACUACCCACCACCCUCGACAUUCCGCCAUUGAUCGAUAUUAAGAAACAUCAAAGUAAAGAAGCUUCCAAGGAUUCAAGCAGACUGUCAGAUGAAAGAAAACAGCGACAUUCAGAAACAGAUGAAGUGGUAUCGAGAGAUGGAAUUGAGUCUGAAUCGGAAGAGAGACUGCAAGUAGAUACUAAAAACAAUAACAAUGAACAACUCAUGGACGAUGAAACGGUAAAGAAAAACGAUAAAGAUAAGAAAGAGACAGCGAAGCCAGUGCCAAUUAGUCUUGGUUCAGAAGAAUCCGAAGACGUCAAAGCUUACUUAGAAGCACUUAAGGCAAGUAUAAGAAAGGUAAAGGCGGAAGCACAAAAAGAACCUACUGCAGUAUCCAGUGAGGAGAAAGACGACCAAAAGAAAAAGAAUGUAAAGUCGUCUACACUUUUCAAUACUCGUACCGAUUAUGAUCUGACUGAAUCUGACAGUCUUGUUACAAAUACAGAGCAAUCCAAUGAAAGUAAAAAUACAAGAAGGAAGACUGAAAAGGCAAAGGAAUCCUUAAAAGGAAAAAUUAACAAGAAAAGAAUGGAUAAGAAAAAACAGAAAUCAAUUAUUGAUAAGAAACUGAUAUUAGAUUUACCCCCACCACCCCCACCGAUAAAGUCAACUCAGGGAAAGAAAGAAAACAAAAAGAACGUACAGAAAUUACGCGCAAAUAAAGGAAAUCAAGACUUGAAAGAAAACAAUAAAAGAAUGUUACCAAAAGUAAGUAACAAAAACAAGGGACUUGCUAUUCCACUUAAAACAACUGGAGAUAUUGGUGAUACUUACGUCAAGGAUUAUAUAAAUGCUUUAAAAGCUGCCCGGAAACAAAAUCCUUUAUCUAUUGCAACAAAUUCGAAGAAGAUUUCCAAACCUAUUGCAAAACAUGCAAAAAUCAUUUCUGAAAAUUCAAAUAAAAAGGUGCACAAAAAUGAUACAACCAAGAAGCUUAAAGUUUCUAGUGAGUCCACUGAUAGGUCAAAAAGCAGCAGCAGUUACAGUGAAAAGGAAAGUAGUUUAAGUGAUUCAAUUUCAUCUGAAAAUUUAUCAUCUGAAGAUGAAGAAACACAUAGAAUACGAGAUACAGAAAGUAAAAGGAAAUCUGUAAAAGAUAAUAGAUCGCCACCUUCUAUUAAUGUCGAAGAGAAGCAGAAUAUAAAGGAAAAUAAUCCGUCAAACACAGGUUCAUCAGAAAAAAUAUCAGGCAAUCCCAUAAGUAAUAAAAGUGACCAAAACAUUGUAGAAAAAUCAUCUAAUGCAGCGAAGGUGAAGGAAAUUAAAAGUGACAAGAUACAAAGGAAAUCACCAGACAAACAAAAAGAUAAAGACUUUAAAAACCAAAAUAAAGAGGUUGUCACUAGCAGUGCUAAUAUUGAGAAAGAACUAGCUAAAAUUCCUAAUGUAACAAGUGAAAGUAAAGAAACGGAAGAAAAAGAUAGUGAGGAAAAUAAGAACCUGAAAGGUGAAGAAAAGAAAUCGGACAUUUCUGAAAGUAAACCAAUUUUGACAAAAAUUCAAAAUGAGGAAAAACUCAAAAGAGAAAACCCUCCACGUAUCACUCCCAGGAAAGUAAAUCUUGAAUCGAGAAAAGCUAUUAAGAAAAACAAAGAACAAAGUACUGCAGACUUGCCUGCAGUUAUUAAUAUAGACGUCCCACUAGUCAAAACGGAACGAAAAAAGACGAUAGAAAACGAUGAUAAAAGUGAAGAGGAGGGUGAGGAAAAAGAAAGCAAGGAAUUAUCAAUAGAACAGCCCGUUUUGACUACUACAACACAGUCCAUGCUUAAUAGACAUGAUGAUACAGAAUUACCAAAUAAAACAAAUAAGAAGGCUGGUGGAAUUGUUAUUCCAACUCAAUCAAAUAUUAUAUUUGGCAGCAUGACUGAAAAUCCAAAGGACAAGGAGAGUGAAGAAGCUAUUUCUAAGGAGUCGGACAUAGUUAUGGCUGCAUCAACAAAGAAUAAAGGAUCUGUUGAAAUUGAUGAUAAAUCUAUCCCCAUAUCAAAAAGUCGGAAUGUUGAUCUAAAAAGUGUCAAGAUUGUAUCAAAAAAGUCAUUGGAAGAAAAAGAUAAAGCGAAAUCGAACAACCAAAUCCAAACUACCAUCUCUUUUUUGGAGAGUUCUAGCAACUCAGCGUCCAGUGAAAUCCUACAUUCGUCAAUGCAGAGUGAUGACGUCGAUGAUUCAGCCCCAUUAACAGAGAACAGAGAGUCGGAGCCGGACGAUGAAACUGGCAAAUUAGUCAUUGAUAUGACCGAUAAAAAUAAAACAGACUCAUAUUCCUCUGAUGAAGAAUCAAAUGAAAAUACAUCUUCCCAAAGCGUUACAUUAACACCAGAUGUUGAUGACUAUGAAACCACGACUUCUUCUGAAGAUGAUUCAAUCAAGGGAUCAGGGGCAACUUUAUCAUUACCUUCCACUCUUUAUGAUAUCACUAAAGUUAACAAAGCAAGAUCUGAUUCAAAGGACAGAGUAAAACAAGGCAGUGAGGAUGUAAGUAGCAAAUCAUCAGAAAAAAUGUCCGUUGAUCAUUUGUCAGUAGAAAGUACAGAAUCUAAUGAAAUUGUUGAGUCUGUCGAAAAGCAAUCAUCGUACAGCAGCAAAGAAAAUGAUCUUCCAGUCAAGAGUGAUUAUCAUAUUGAUAACAAACUUACUGAAGCAAGUGUCAACACAACGGAUUUGCUGGGUGAAGAUAACAUAGAUUCAAAGAAAGAACGUGUAGAAAAUGUAGAAAAUAUCAGUAAAUCAUCGGAAGAAAUCAGCAAAGAUGAUGAAUCGAAAGAAAUAGUCAGAACAACGAUGCCAUCAAGACCAUCAAGUAAAUUAAUAAAGAAUGAUGUUAAAGAUACCGAUGAAGAUGAAAGUGAUGAAGAUAAAGAAACUCAUCAAUCUACUACGUCAUUGCCAGUAAUAGAAGUAAUUAAUAAUCAAAGUGGGGGAAAUGAUGAAUUUGGUGUUGUUGAAGACUCUAGAGAAGAUACAUUUGAUGUGCUUAGAGCAGGAACUAUGCCUAAAAAUGAUAGCGGUGACAAAGGCACGGAAAGAAACAAUGAAAUAAGUAAAUCAGCAUUAAACAAGGACGAAAAUGACAGUCCCGAAAACAAGGAUUCUGAUGUAGAAAAUGUUGAAGAUUUAAAGGAUGUCAAAAGCACGUCAAAGGAGUCAGUAGAAUCAAAUGAGAACAGUAGCAACUUUCCCGGUAAAUCAAAUUCUGAUGAAAGAAAUGUGACUGAAGAGGAUGAUAGCAGUUCAAAGGAGUCUUUCAAACCAAAUGAAGAAGAAAAUAGUGAUGGUAACAUAAAACUAUCAUCUAUUGUGGACAAUGCCAUACUUAAGUUGGAUGAUGAUACAAGCACUUCAAGUGAGUCAAAUGACGCAUCUGAAGUAGAAACUGAUGAAAGUUUCUCAAAAUACCUCUCCAGUGUAAAAGAUGACAAGAAAAAUUCAAUAACAGUAAAUAGUAUUUCAAAGGAAUCAUUAGAUACAUCUGAAGAGAAAAACGUUGACAAUCUCAAGAAACACCCGAAAGAUGUAGAAAAUUAUAAUACAAAUCUAGGAAUAGAUAUAAGUUCUUCAGAGGAGUCAGAAGAGACAUUUAAAGUACAAUCUAAUAAUAAUUCAUCAGUUCUUACUUUCGAUUUAAAAGAUAGCAAUAGAACUUUGAGUGAUGAUCCCAGUUUUUCACUAGAGUCAGUAGAAACAUUGCAAGAGAACAACGAUAGUCUUGAGAAAUUCUCUAAAGAUGUAGAAAAUGACAAUACAAAUUUUAGAAUUGAAAUGAGUACUUCCGGACAGUCAGAAGAGACAUUUAAAGUAAAAUCUGAUAACGAUUCCUCAACAUACACUUCAGAUAAAAAAGACAGCAAUGAAAUACUGAACGAUGAUACUAGCUUUUCAGGAGAGUCAAUAGAAACAUCUGAAGAUUCAGAUAACAAUAGUGAUAUACCUGCAAAACAAUCUUUCAAUGUAGAAAAUAACAAUGAAGAUUUGAACUUCGAUUCAAAUAUUUCGAAAGAGUCAGUCGAAAACCCUAUAGAGAGCAAAGAUGGUUCUAUGACUUCACCUGAUGAUUUGGAAAAUGUUUAUAAAACAUUUGACGAAAUUUCUACCAAUUCAAAUGAGUCAGAAGAAUAUUCUAAAGAAAGCGAAGAAAAUAUUCCAAUUAAUGAUGCAGAAAAUAUCACACAUAAUUUGAGCGUCAAAAAUACCAAAUCUAAAGAAUCAACAGAGGAAAGUGAAGAGAGGAACAAUGUCAACACUAUUGAAGAAACAAAUAAACAUAAAAUCUUAAACAAUGAGACCACAGGGUCAAUCGAGUCAGAAGAAACAUCUGAAGAGGAAUACAAGGAAAGUUUCACCGACGCAAAACUUGUUAAUAAAAGUGCAAUUGAUGAAUCAAGCAUUUCAGAAGAAUCAGCAGAGAAUCUUGAUAAAAAACAGGAAGACAGUCUUGAAAAUUUUCCGUCAGAUGUAGAAGAAAUUAUUGAAAAUUUAAGCAAAGACAGUAGUAACUCCAACGAGUCAGGAGAGAAAUCUGAAGAAGACACUGAUGAAAUUCCUGCCAAGUUAUCCACCGAUGUUAAAAAGGUGGCAAAUGUGGGUGUGAAAUCGAAAAGUUCGACGGAUUCUUUAGAAAAUACUCGAGAUGCCAGCCCUACUGAGGAAGAUGACAUUGAUUCUACACAUUUUCGCAGUUCUGAUGAAAAUAAGUUGAUAAGGAGUGGUUCCUAUGAAAUAAAAGAUUAUUUAGCAGAACAGUUUAAAAAUUUCGAGGAGCCGCAGGACGAUGAGGCUAUGUACAUGAAAGAGGUCAAUCGUGAUAAAAUGGAAAGGGAUAAAAACUAUGAAAGAGAUAUUUCUCAGGAGAUCCCGAUUGUAUUGGAAGCAAUUAAAAAUAUAGACGAUUCCCAAGAGCGAACAACUGUUAUCCAGUCAGAUGAGGCAUUCAGGUCACUGUUUGAGAGGUUAAGCAACAAAACAAGAGACCUGAUGGCGGAGGCAGCCUCUAAGGACGAAGUUCGUCAUAGGGAAGAUCAAGAUCUAGAUCUGGCAGGUAUUCGUGGGGAGAUUUCUGAUGACAUGGAUAUGGAUCCUGAAGAUAUUCUGGCACAAGAAGCUGAUUUGAGGGCAGAAGCAAAUGUCAAAGGAGCUUUGCUUCCAAGUUAUUCAAAGCCACAGACCAUAACAAAAAAGAUCGACAUAAGUAAAGCGAACAUGAAGCUGUCCAACUGUAAUGCAAGGAGAACAUCUUUGUGUUUCACAUACCCAGUAACAGUCGAAAGCACAGCAUCAAGCUGUGAUUCGGGGUGGGUAGGUCAUGUUUUUCAUAGAAAGUGUUACCGAAUCAUGCGAAACGCCAACACAAUACCAAAAAUGCAAUACAAGAAUGCAAAAAAUAUUUGUGAAAUGGAGGGAGGAGAUGUUGCUCAUAUGACGGACGGAUAUGGUGGACGGUUCUUAAUCAUGACGCUUUUAAAAAGUAUAAAGGAAAAUACAAAAGAGCUGCCCCCAAAGGAGAAUAUUCCUCCAGUUUGGGUGUAUAGUCCAACCAGCGAUCCAAGUUGUCAUGUAAUGACACCCUCUGGUCCAAUUGCUAUGGGAUGCAACCAAAGUAUAGCAGUUGCAAUCUGCGAGAAAAAUGCUAAUGAUAUAGGUGUACAAACCACAGGAAACUCUCAUCCAUCACUUGGAAUCAUGGAAUUCACGUUAAAUGAUAAAAAGAUAUUGAAAUGUGAUUUGAAGAAUUCUGCUGCUGAACUACCAAUCCUGUGGUUUAAGGAUGGCCGCCUUGUAGAUAUCAAAGUGAAGAAGCGAAAGGAGAGCAUACUGCCCCAUUUAGGUGGACGUCCGAUUUCUCCUCUACCCGAACCGGCGGAGACGCCAAUAACCAGUCUAGAAUUAAACACUUGGUUGAGAAAGACGCUGCAGACGUCCACAGAACAUCCAGUUUCUGAGGAAGUUUUUCAAGGAAACUACUGGUGUGAGGGGUGGACGUCCAGACCAUUUGCCAGAAUGAAGUCCGAUGAAAUCUUUGUCCGCUUCAAAGAUGUGAUAACGUUUGUUGGAAGAGUCAGACUUCCAGCGAUUCCGUACGAUGAACGACUUCUCCAUAACAAGAUUGAGAAGAACUUGCCUCCAAUCAUGAAUAUCAUGACAGACCUCAGAUUUAUCAACGAGAUUGUGUUCCGCAAACUUCAACAAGAGUUUCCUAACCUGGAGAGUAUCUCCGCUUUCCCAGGGGAAAUAUCGAGCAAACCACCUCUACAAUUAUCAUACAAUAUUUACAUAAGAGCCUCUAAAAACUACACGAUUGCAGACGAAAUACCUCUGUUUAAGAGCCUGCGCAGCCGAUAUCAAGAAAUAUUAAUGGAUGGCAACAUUUUGACUCGACUUCCUAGAGGCACCCCUAUUCGUUUUAUUCGUUCUAUCAGGAUUAGAAGUACAGUUUCCUGUCAACAAACAGAGCUAAGGGACCCCAGAACAAGGCUGGUGGCGAAUUUUUUCCCGGCGGGAAUCAAACUAAAUGUUUCUAGCAUUGAAGUUUGUGAGAAUGGUGAAAAAGCUGGAAAGGCUACUUGUAAAGGAGAUUUCCGAAGUGGUGCGUAUUGGGGUAAUAUUAGAAUAAAACAGGGGUGUGGAAUAUCAGAAACACACACGGAAGAGGAUACAAAUGACGAGUCCAAUGAUGUGACGGACAGCGAAGAAGCUGUGGAGGAGUAUGAGAACUUGGUUCAGAAAAUGACACCCGAGGAGAGAUUAAAGGAACUUGCAGAGAUGGACAUAGAGGAAAACAAUUUGGAGAGCAUUAUAGAAGAAACAGCUGAAAUCACAGACACGGUUGAAGAAAUAAAGGAGAACGAUCUAGAAUACAUUAAUGAAAUCAUGGAAAAAUCAGCCAUCAGUGAAGGCAAAACAAAAUUUGUGGCUUUAAAAGCUAUACAGACUGUGAAUAGGUUGUUAAUGAUGGAUGACGAUGUUUUUGAAAAAGCAAAGAGAGUCAGCAGCAUUAUCAAGAACUUCGAAAGGAUAGUCGAAGAUACGGAAUUAAGCGACGAUGGCUACUUCCGGUUGGUUCUCCCUAAUGUUGCUAUGGAGAUAUAUGAACUGGAAAAACAAAGCAAGCCAGUAAUUGGUAUGGCUGCUAAAACAGAUGAACAUGGGAAUGUAAUGUACACACCAUUUGACCAAAAGAGAAUUGUAACAAUUUAUAAUGAUUCUGCUUUCUAUGAAGAUGUUGAUGUGGCAAUACAUUUACCACCGGAACUGGUACAUGACACAAAAGCAGAAAACAAGUCAAGACUGUACAUGAUGGUAUAUAGAGAUGGGAACAUGUUCCAAGAUUCCUCAGUCCCCAUAAGUGUUGCUGAAGCACCCAGAGUCAUCAAAAGUCAUGAUCUUAAAAGACUGAAUAGUUUUGUUAUCUCUGCAAGCAUUGGGGGAAAGAAAAUCGAAGGACUCCAGCAAAAAGUCAAAACAAUAUUCCGACCGUUAAAGGAUCCUGCUGGACGCGCUCGCACAUGCGCUUUCUACAAUUUCACAAUGAACAACAAUGCAGGCGGUUGGUCAUCUGCUGGCUGUGUUUAUGACGGUCAGGUUAACGGACGUGAUGUCUGCCUGUGUGAUCACUUGACAAACUUUGCAGUCCUAGUCGAUUUCUAUGGACAAGAUGACCGUGUGGAUCGUGUACAUGAGGUGUCCCUGUCCAUCAUCUCUCUGAUUGGUCUGAGUCUCUCCAUCAUAGGACUGUCUCUCACAAUCAUCUCCUUCGUCUUUUUCAGGAAGUUACGUAAAGGUCGUGCCCAGCAGACGCUGUUUAACCUCGCUUUGUCAAUGCUAUGUUCCUGGGUGAUCUUCUUGGUGGGAAUCAAACAGACGUAUCAUUUCAUUGGCUGUUUAAUCGUGGCAGUCCUCCUCCAUUAUUUCAUUUUGGCGUCCUUUAUGUGGAUGUUAAUGGAGGCGUUCCUUCAGUAUCUAACGUUUGUCAAAGUCCUUGGUACCUAUGUUACGCGUUACACCCUGAAGUCAGUGAUUGCCGCAUGGGGACUACCAUUAAUUCCUGUUAUUUGCAUUCUGAGUAUAGACCACAAUCUGUAUAAAGGGGGCGAUCAUUACUGUUGGAUGUCACUAGACGCUUUCUACUACGGCUUUGCUCUUCCUAUCGGGCUCAUCAUUCUGGCCAACCUCAUUGUAUUUAUUAUCACUGUGGUCAGCAUUUUCCGGAGACCACAGGGAUUACGCAGUAACCAGUCCAAACACAAGAUGGCGAUUACAAAUUUACAAGCCGCCAUCACGAGCUUUGUACUUCUAGGACUGUCUUGGAUUUUGGGAUACUUUGCAAUAUCAGACGCCAGAUUACCAUUCCAGUAUGCCUUCACAAUAUUAAACUCACUACAAGGUUUCUUCAUUUUUGUUCUAUUUGUGGCACGAAAGAAGCAGGUGCGUGAACAAUGGAAGAUGAUUUGCUGCUGCAUCUUCCCGGAUCAACAGAAGGCACAGCGCACCCUAUCGGCGUCUGCCUCCUACCCCAGUACCUGCAGCAGCAGAAGUACAUCGAGUACUUCAACCCUUCAUCACGGGCGCACUGAGCGUUCAGACAGCUGUAAAACUACCACCAGCUUCAUUGGCUCUGAGUAUGACUCAAUUUACACUGUUCCGUACGCUCGCUCGUCACGUGAUUCACUGUAUUAUAGAAAAUUGUGAUAUUCUUUGUAUUUAUUUUGUUGUCUCAUCCUUGCUCAUGUUUAUGUUUGAUGUCUCCCUGAAUUUCCAAUUCUUUUCAAAGUUUUUUUUUUUUUUUUUUUUUUUUUUUUUUUUUUUGCAACAUUAAUUGUCCCUUACUUAAUGCAUCAAUAUCACAUCAGAUCAUUAUAAAGCUAAAAUCAUUGAAAGACAUUCCAAAUAUUGGAUACUCAGAACAGGGAUAGGGUAAAAAGGUUUUAUUUUAUGAAGCAUGUUCCUUUCAUUCUUAUUAAAACUUCUUGAUAUUUCUCUUAGCUUAUGGGAAGAUCUUCUUGAUGUUAUAACGUCGUCUGGAGCAGACAAUAUUAUUAUGUCUAUAGGUUUUGUCGUAACUUAAAUGUUUGGUAGAUAGAUAUUUAUGUUGCGUUAUAUAGUGCUCGUAUAACUUAUUAACUGGAUAAUUUUUAAUGUCAUUUCUCAUUGUCUCAAUAUGCCACUGCCAUAGAUUACAAACUGUCUUUUAGUUCCUGUAUGUUUUAUUUGCAUGUAGAAAUGCAUGUGCCAUCAUUCAGUUGACAUAUUUGAAAUAAACAUAUAAAAAUUUAA